CCCAAUAGAUGGUGGUGCUUCAAUCGAAAGUGGUCUGUCUUAAAUUUAAAUAUAUACAAUGUGCUUCUUUCAAGCUUCCAAUCAUUACUUAAUCUGUGGUUAAAAACAUAAUUAGAGUCUGAUCUGCUCUUUUAAGUUCCCAGUUAUUAAUUUACUCACUUGAUUUUACAAGAUCAACCUACAGAUUCGUCAUUACAAGGAAUGCCAAAGAAACAGACUCUGGAAUUUAUCCUUGACAUCCUACAGAGGAGAGACACACAAGAGAUAUUUGCACAGCCAGUUGACCCUGAUGAGGUUGUUGGCUAUUACGAUAUCAUUAAAGAGGCAAUGGAUUUUGGAACCAUAAGGGCUAAACUUCAAGAAGGGAUGUAUACAAGUCUGGAUCAAUUUCAGCGUGAUGUGUUCCUCAUAUCCAGCAAUGCAAUGAAAUUUAAUUCAUCGACAACUGUUUAUUAUUCAGAGGCCCGUGCUAUAAGUGAACUCGCUCAGCGGGUCUUCAAUUCUCUGAGAACUGAACCUGAGAAAUUUGAGCUGGAGCACUCGAGGAUUAGAAGACACCCAGCUCAGAAAGGCCAUGGUGAAACUGGAAGUGUACUGAAUAAGCUUGUUAAACUUGCUGGGUUCAGAGAUGGUGCUUCACUCAACAGCACCUCUCUGAAGAGAGCUACCCGAACACACCCUGCUUCAAUACGUCUAAAUCCUCUCGUUGACCAUACAAAAAAUGAAAUGCCUUCUGGUAAGAGAAUCUGAUCUACAAGCACUCUUGAUUGACUUAACAUA